UUUGGCUUGCGUUUGAAGCUGCCCCCUUCAAAUCCCAACUGUUUCUCUAUUUAAUUUCAUCUCAUUUUCUAACUGAUCUAUUCUAUUCCUUUUUUCCUCUAUUACUGUCUCUUUCAGGCAUUUCGUCGAGCAUCUGGGGCCCUUCCCUUUCAUUUUGGCUUAAUAUCGCCUUCUUCACAGCGUGUGUGUGCGUGCGCCAAACCAAGACUCAGACAAAGACAUUACCCGACCUUUUCAUUCUUAAACUCAAAGCAAUUCUUCUCUAAUCAACCCCUUAAGCUCCUUCUUCCAUUCCCAUUCUCUUGCUAUCUUUACAAGCCAAAUCCAAUCUCAGCUUUAAAGCAACUUCUGAAAUAUCCCCUUUUCGGCGAUUUGUCCAAUUCUUCUGACCCAACCCAUCAUCCCCUUCUGCUGGACUGAAGGCCAGGGUUAGUGGGGGCAAACCCAGAAUAUGAAGCUUUCUGCAUUGCAGCAGACUUAUGCUGCCCGUCGGGCUAAUAGCUUCAGAGGAUCGCCGUUGGAUUCGUCGGCGGAUAGUCCAAUCAAGUCGCCGGCGGGGAUUUUCUGGCUGAUUCUUCAUGGACUUUGUUGCCUUAUCAGUCUUGUACUUGGAUUUCGCUUCUCUCGUCUUGUGUUUUUCCUUUUCUUCUCUACUUCCACCACCACUAACCUUUACUUGACUCCUUUUCGAUCCGCCACUGACCUGAACAUUCACUCUACUUCGCUGUCAAAUCCGACUGUAAAUCUUGAAAUUCCGGUGAAUAAGACGGCGUCUACGACCAUUUCCACUUCGAGUAGCCGUGUGGUUGUGGGGAGGCAUGGGAUCCGAAUCCGGCCGUGGCCGCAUCCAAACCCUACUGAAGUCAUGAAGGCUCACCAGAUUAUUGAGACGGUACAGAGAGAACAGAGGCGUCAAUUCGGGGUCAAGAAUCCUCGAAAGAUAAUUGCUAUAACGCCAACUUAUGUGCGGACUUUCCAGGCGCUCCACAUGACUGGUGUUAUGCACUCGCUGAUGUUGGUGCCUUACGAGCUUGUUUGGAUCGUGGUUGAAGCCGGUGGAAUCACCAACGAGACUGCUUCAGUUCUUGCCAAGUCUGGGCUGGAGACUAUCCACGUUGGGUUCAAUCAGCGGAUGCCAACUUCUUGGGAGGGUAGGCAUCGAAUGGAGGCUCAGAUGAGGCUCCAUGGCUUGAGAAUUGUGAGCAAAAUGAUGCUGGAUGGAAUCGUGAUAUUCAUGGAUGACAGUAAUAUGCACAGUAUGGAGUUCUUUGAUGAGAUCCAGAAUGUGAAGUGGUUUGGUGCUCUGUCUGUCGGAAUUAUUGUUCAGUCCGAUAAACAAGAUGAAUCAUCAGAGGAGUUGGAGAACCCACCAAUUCCUGCUCAGGGUCCUGCUUGCAAUUCUUCCAAUAAGUUGGUUGGUUGGCACACCUUCAAUGCGCUUCCAUACGCCGGAAAGAGUGCUAAAUUCAUUGGUGACAAGACAUCAGUUCUUCCGAGGAAGCUUGAGUGGUGUGGGUUUGUAUUGAAUUCCAAGUUACUAUGGAAAGAUGCAGAAGAUAAGCCAGAAUGGGUCAAUGAGUUUGAUACAUUGGAGGUUGGGGAUGAUGCUUUAGAGAGUCCACUAUUUCUUUUGAAGGAUACAUCGAUGGUUGAGCCGCUUGGAAGUUGUGGCCGCCAAGUUUUGCUCUGGUGGCUCAGAGUUGAAGCUCGUUUUGAUAGCAAAUUUCCUCAUGGGUGGUUAAUUGACCCUCCUUUGGAGAUUACUGUACCUGCAAAACGAACACCAUGGCCAGAUGUUCCUCCCGAAUUAUCUACUAAUGAAAAAGCUCAGACAGGCAACCAUGAGGAAACAUCUAAGCUUCCUGCAAAGACUCAUUCAUCGAGAUCAAGAAGAAGUUCUCGAAGCAAGAGAAAGCGGCACGAACCGAAAGUGGUCGAUGCUCAAACCUCAGCAAGACAUUCAGACAACUGAAAAGAAUCAGCCCGUAACACGUCCAUGAUCUUUCUUGUGUUUAAAGAUUAGAUGAUAAGAAUUCAGGGAAGAAAUGCUUUUUUUGGCAGAUAGAAAGCUCAUGGUUUCAAGGGAAAUAUCAAUCAGGACAGGCAGGUUUCAUAUAUAACAAGCCCAUGUAUACAAAGAAUUCAGUUUUGAUUUUCAGACUCGGUUACAAUUUUCUUCUUUUAAAAUUUUUAUUAUUUUUUUCUUCUCUCUUUAUGGGGUGAUUGAUGUUCUUAUGUCAUGAGAAGAGAAUUUCAACCUGCUACUGCAGGAAAGCUUGUAUUCAAUAUCUUUGAAAAUUUUAUACGUGAUGCUCUCAAUAGGAGUUGUGAGUUCUUUUGCCUACAUAAUCAUAAACAAAGAAAAGUUGCUGA